AUGUUUAGUUCAAGGUUUAACAAAUUAUCACUACUAAAUAAAUCAAAAAAAUCAAAUGUUUUACUACUAUCGGUUAUAAUUUUUGCAACAUUUUUUAUAUUUUCAAAUAGUGAUUUAUUUCUACCCAACACUGACCCAUUUUGGAUAAACUAUAAAAUCAAACAACAACCUAAACACCUAAGAAAUUCAAAUUUACUUAGUGAUCAAAAAUUAGAAACUAAAAUUGAUUCACCUUUCAUAUAUGGAUGUAAUAUACCAAAACCUACAGAAAAAGCCAAUGCAGCAUUUGUAAUGCUUUGUAGAAACUCAGAGAUUACGCAAGUUAUAUCAAGUAUAAAUUCAAUGGAACGACAUUUUAAUCAAUGGUUUAAUUAUCCUUGGAUUUUUUUAAAUAAUGAAGAAUUUACAUCUGAUUUUCAAAAUGAAGUGUUACAGCAUACUUCAAAUGCAACAUUUGGUAAAAUAGAAAUGGAAGAUUGGGAGUUUCCCUCAGAUAUAGAUAAAGAUGAAUUUCAUGAAUGGAUAGAAUCACAAGGAGAUAGAGAAAUUUUAUAUGGAAAUUUAAAAAGUUAUCACAAAAUGUGUAGAUUUUAUUCGGGUAAAUUUUAUUUACAUCCUUUAAUAACAAAUUUAGAUUGGUAUUGGAGAGUUGAACCAGAUAUUGAAUUUUAUUGUGAUUUAACUUAUGAUCCAUUUUUAGAGAUGGAAAAAACUGGUAAAAAAUAUGGGUUUAAUGUAAUGUUGGCUGAUUUAUAUUAUUCUAUACCUGGGUUGUUUAGGUAUGUUCUGGCAUAUAUUAAAAAGAAUAACAUUCAGGUUAAAAGUGCUUGGAAAUUAUUUAUAUUGAAUUCAAAAUUUAUUGUUGGUGGGUCUAAACAAGAUAAUAAAAAUCUAGAUGGAUUACAUGAUCAUCAUGAUAUCUUAGUUGAAAUUCAAGAUCAAAUAUAUGUUCACAAAUUAAUUCAUGAAAUUGAAAAUAAGAAGGAAGAACAACUCAAGAACAAUUUUGAAAUACUCGAUAAAAUUUUUGAAAUUAGUAAAAAAAUGCCCAUUAUACAUGAAGAUAGAAUAAAUAAAGAAGAUUAUAAUUUAUGUCAUUUUUGGUCAAAUUUUGAAAUUGCAAGAGUUGAUAUUUUUAAAUCAAAGGAGUACCAAAAUUUUUUCAAAUAUUUGGAUGAAAGUGGUGGUUUCUAUAAGGAAAGAUGGGGUGAUGCACCUAUACAUUCUUUAGCAAUAGGAAUGUUUUUAAAUUUAGAAGAAAUCCAUUAUUUCAGAGAUAUUGGAUAUAGACAUGAUGUAUUUUCUCAUUGUCCAUCAAAUUCCCCAGAAAAUCAAUUACCUUAUCAUGGCCAAAAAGAAUUUAACUCCAAAUUUGAUAAAUUUUUAACUCCUGACAAACCUCGAUUCAAUGGAGUUGGAUGUAGAUGUAAAUGUCCUUCCAAAUAUCAAGAAAUUGAAAAUUCAGAUUGUAUGAAAAAAUGGCAACAUUUUACACAAGAUAAUUUUAAAGAAAAUGACGUUGUAGAUGUUGAUAAAUGGAUUAAAAGAAUUCAUAGAAAGAUUAAGAAUCAUUUAAAUGCUGGUGGGAAAAUUGGUGAUAUGUUGGUUUGA